AGUCAGGCAGGAAGAGUGAAGAAGGAGGCGCGUUAGGUGAGGAAAAGAGAGGAGGAGAGAAACAAAACAAAGGGAGAGAGGGAAGGAGAGGCAGAGCGGGAUAAUAAAGAGUGUGUGAGAGAGAGAGGAGAGAGAGAGAGAGAGAGGGGAACUCAAGUCACCGUUGUGUUUCCAGUCUCUCUGACGUCGGACAGAAACCUUCUCGAGCUGCAAGACUGAACGCUAUCAGUACCGAGCAGGCUGCUGCCAAACCCACUGACACACACACACACACACACACACACACACACACACACACACACACACACACACACACACACACAGCAGUGUUGGAUAUGACUCGUCCGCUGAGGCAGUUUGGUUUGGACUCUGUGUGACAGUUGGAAGUAACCGGUUCUUCAUCCUUCAGCGUGUUUGGUGAAGAUGAAGUGACGACGCCACAGUUUGGAUGUUUCCAUCGGACUUCACACAACAUAAAAAGAUGUUGGUGCUCUGUUUCCUGUUUUGGAUUGUCUGCGAGUGCAAGUGUCUCGACAAGUCAUGCCUGCCGCAGCCCACUGAUGUCUGAUUAAAACCUCAAAGCGUGUUGCUCUCCGUCUCUCCAGGAUGUCGGUGAAGCUGCGAUUCGACUCUCCGUCAGAUGGAGGUUUGGUCCACAGGAGCCGCUCCUUCACCGGGUUCAGCACUAUUACUGGACGACGACGGUGAGUGACACAUUGUUACAGCCAAUGAGAAUGCGAGGAAUAAAGACCAACUUAAGCUACCCUGAAUCACUUCUGUGUCGACUCAAGAAAUGACAAGGAGGUCGUCUUCUGUUCGUAACUCUCUCCGCUCCAAAGCCAAUUCUGGAGGUAAAUCUCCCAGAAUGCACCUGUCUCCCAGCAGAGGGGGAGGAGCUAUCUGGUCUCUGCAGCCAGAUCAGGUCGACAGGGUCUUCCAGUCGCUACGCAAAGGACUCAAGGACUUCCUGGAGGGUCACCAGACAGAGAUGGACUUCCUGUCUUCACAGCAGAGAGAGACCAAGAGAAACUCCAGACUGGCUUUUCUGUAUGAUCUGGAGAAGGAGAUCAGAGCUUUGGAGAGAUACAUACGAAGAUUAGAAUUUCAAAUCAGCAAGGUGGAAGAGCUGUACGAGACGUAUUGUAUCCAGUGGAGGUUGUGUCAGGGAGCGGUCAACAUGAAGAGAGCCUUCUCACUGUCCCCGUCCACCAGAGCCUCCAGAGACAGUCUGCUGGAGCUCAGCCGCAACCACAGACACAGCCUGCAGGACAUGUCCGUUAUGGAAGGAGAGUUAGAAAUCCUCCUUGGAGAGCUACACAUCAAAAUGAAAGGUCUGAUCGGUUUUGCUCGACUCUGCCCUGGAGACCAAUACGAGCUGGUCGUGCGUCUGGGCCGCCAGCGAUGGAGGAUCAGAGGGAAGAUUGAAUCCGACGACACGCAGUCCUGGGACGAAGAGGAGAUGGUCUUCCUCCCGCACAUACAGCACAACUUCGAUAUCAAGGUGACGGAGGCGAAGGGUUUGGGUUGGCUGCUGGUUGGCAUGGUGACGUGUGCGAGCGCGGACUUCUUUGUGGCGAGGCCUCAGCUGAUGUUGGUGGACAUCACGGAGCUGGGAACCAUCAAACUGCAGCUGGAAGUCACCUGGAAUCCGUUUGACAGCAGUGAGAAGAUGAGGCCGCUGUCUGUCAGCAGGCAGUCGGUGUCCAGCAGGAAGAGCUCAGUGUACAGCUGGACGGCACCGAGCACCCCCUCCUUCACAGAGAAAUACUUCAUAUCGAUGAUGCGUGAGCUGCAGGAUCGAGACGGUUCCCUCCCGUCUCUGGUGUCUAGAAGUCGACACAACAGAGGAGGCGUGUCUCUGCUCAGCUACCUGUCCGACCCCUCACACACCUCCGUCACGCCCAACCACAGCCCGCAAAGCCCCUACAGUCUCACGCGGACUCACAGCUACCCCUCCAGCCACAGUCAGGGCACCAGUCUGGGAGGAAGCCAGCUGUUCCUCGGGGAGGAAGAAUCAGUGGAGGAAGAAUCAGUGGAGGUCUCUCCGGGGGAGAGCGAGAAGAAGAAGAGGAAGGACGAGAAGGACGGAGAGGAGGAGUGGGGAAGUGUGUUAGAUACUUCCUCCACACCAGCGGAGAGUAAAACAGGUUCCCUGCAGGCUCUGCAGAGGUUCAGCACUCCUGACAUCCUCAGAAAGAACACGGCUGGAGAAGCCGACCCAGAGACGCACAGUGCAGCGCUGGGACAGCACACUGUCGGUGUUCAGGACUCUGCAGAGUGUGUAUCCUAUUCUGCCCCUGCCUCGCCCCCACCCCCUUCUCAACCCCGAGCCGAAGUCCUGUCCUCGCCCGCGGACGCUGCUCAGAACCCGGGGAGGCCGGUGGUGAGCGGCGCCCAGCGCAGGGCCCAGGCCGUCCGGCUGGGAGCCCUGAUCGCAGAGCUGGAGAAGACGUUACAGAACCAGACCUGCUCAGAGAAGGAGCUGAGAGCUCUGGACCACCAGAUACUGCACCUGGCCACCAUACUGAAGAACAACCUCUCCCUGCUGAGAAGCACAUCAUUGGAGGAGACUCUGGCCGUGGAGGAAGUCCUGGGCAGCUUUGACUUCCUGUCACAUGACUUCAACGCAGAUGAUGACACUUCCUGUUUGGGCAGCCUGAGACUAAAAGACAGUGGCAUCAGCUCUUUGAGUGCUGUGAGGAGUCUCGGCCUCCUCUCCCAGAACAGCCAAUCAACUUCUGACGAAGAGUUGGUUGUCACACCUUUGACUUCUGGGAAUUGGGGUCUUGACCAGGCUCUUGAGACUCACCUGGAUAUAUGUUGCAUCCUGCUACAGAUGAUAAAAACGACCGACUUCAGCCCCUCUCGGAGGGACCUGCUGGAGGAAAUGUCUCUCCAAGCUGAAGUCCUGGACAGAAUCAGCUGCCUGCUGCUGGAGAAGAGCGACGGCAUCGCUGCUCGAGACAUCCUCCCGAAGGCCCAGAGAACCAGGGAUGUGUUGCUGUUCUGGGAGGAGUGUGUGAACGACAGCAGCUCUCCUUUCUGCUGCCUCUCCGGCAGUUUCUCCAGGACGCUAAGGAAACGUUACAGCCACAAGGUGAAGGCCAAGCAGCCCGGCCAGUCAGAAAAAGUGUUUUCUCAGCUCCUGCAGGAGGUCCAGACGGCCGGUCGGAUGGUGCCCUGCCCUCGGCCGGUCUGCAGCUCAGAGAGAGUCUCCCUCUUCCAGCUGUCGGUGUAUCUGAAACGCUGGAGCAUCAAGGAGCUGGGGGAGCGCAUCUCAUGCCUCUCCAAAGAAGAGUACAUCCUGUCCGCCCUGAGGAGCCCCAAAAGGAGGCGGGCAUUAAAUAAGCUGAGGGGGCGGUGCAUCGUGGAGCUCCUCCCCCUGAGAUGCACGCUGCAGACUCUGGCCGCGCUGCAGGUCGACUCCAACCACAAAGUCUGCAAAGCUGCUGCCAACUGUCUCUGCAGAGCUGCAGGCUGCAAGGCCUUCAGGAGCAAGGCAGUCGUUUACUACACGGAGAGUUUAAAAAGCACCGAUGUUCAGAUCCAACAAGGCUCCUGUCUGGCUCUUAAAUGCCUCAGGGCCACGGAGAGUGUCGAGCACAUAGCAGAUUUAUGGAGAUCAGCAGAUGAAGAUCUGCGCAGCGCCGCCAAAGAAACCGUCCUCUCGUUUGGUAAAAAAGGCUACCUGGCCUUCCAGAGGAUGGACCAGCUGUACGCCGAGAUGCAGGAGGAGGCUUACCAGAACCAGGAGACUGAGAUUACCUUCCUGUAAGAAGCGCGUGUUGUUUCUGAUGGGACCCGACACGAAGCGUCUCAAUGAUCCUGAUGGUCAGCGUGAGACACUAAAUGUAAAGCAGGCUUGUGUCCGUGGGGGACUCCAGGAUGAGGAAUCGUACUUCUUACUUUAGUUUGAAUGAAUCUGUGGUUCCUUCAUGACGGAUACCAAAGGGACGAGAGCAGAGGAAGGCGUCACUUCCUCUGGACGCAUCGCUCGCUCUCUGAUGUCCACAGAUUGACUUCGUCCUGUGACCAGAGAAGCGACUUUACUGAGAAUGUGAAUGUGAAAUAUGCAGAAUUUUGUAUAAAGAAGGAGUUCUGUCGUCUUACAGUAUUUAACCUCGUGCAGCUGUACAAUUAUUCCUGCUUUGUCCUGUGUUGGAACUUACUUUCUGUAAGGUCUUUGUGGUUUGUUCUAUUUGGAAAUGAAGGAAAAAUGUGUUAUUAUUUCACAUAAUGAGCAAAAAUGUAAACGCUAAGGGACCAAAUAAACCCCUGAAUAUUA